GCCCGGCUUGCUGAACACACAGUGAAGGGCUAUAAUCACACAAACCCCCACACACCGUCUUAUGGCCGCUGGUACCGAGACCUGAACUAGUCGUCGGGCGGGCGGGGAAACAACCACCGGUGUGCUGCUGCUCCUGCUGCUCUGGGGAGCAGAAGGGGAGCAUCAAUGCCUCCAAGUUCCCUCUCACAUAUCGGCCUGGAUCUGUUCUCACCAUCGGGCCUCCUGCGCUGAGAUAAUGAAAGGAUGGCCGAGCAGCGAUGCGGGGACCACGGAGGGCUGACGGAUGCUGCUGCAGCGACUCGCCGGGAUGAGCAGCGGCAUCACAACACGAUGAAUUCAACGGAGGAAGCAGGAGGAGAGUGUCUCUCUUUGGAGGAGAUACUGAGGCUUUACAGCCAGCCCAUCAAUGAGGAGCAGGCUUGGGCGGUGUGUUACCAGUGCUGCAUGACGCUGGCGAAGAGACACCGGAGCAGGAGAAGCUCCUCCGCCUCCGCCGCCGGAGCAUCAUCAGCGGCGGCUCCGAGGAAGAUAUCUGGACCUGGGGAUGUUAGGAUACAGAAAGACGGGUCUGUGAGGGUGGAGCACCAGGGCUGUGAAGGUAAAUACAGCCCUUGCACAACAACAGAGGUGAUUGAGUCUCUGGGCAUCAUGAUCUACAAAGCUCUGGAUUACGGGUUGAAGGAGAAUGAGGAGAGGGAGCUCAGCCCCCCUCUGGAGCAGCUCAUCGACCUCAUGACCAACAUGGCUGAGGCUGAGAGGGAGGCCUGUCCCGACGAAGGAUAUGAGGCCACAGAAGAAGAGGAUGAAGCAGAGGAUGACCCUGACAUCUCCAGUGUUCAUGGCUACGGAGAUAUCCUCAAGCUUUGCACAGCUCAUCUACCCAGUCUAUCAGACGCACCCAAUCACUACCAGGCAGUGUGUCGUGCUCUGUACACAGAAACCAGGGAGCUGCGCACUUUUCUGGAGAAGAUCAAGAGUGCCAAGGAGAACCUCCGUAAAAUGGAGCAUGAGUCAUCAGUGGAGCCUGGCCACGACCUGAAUGACCUACAGAAUGCUGACUGGGCAGUGAUUAAAGAGCUUCUCAGGAACCAUGUUGAGAUGGAUAGAACCACUGCCCUUGAUGAACCCUCCUUAUUUUGUGUGCACAGAGAGGCUCGAUUCUGGGUUCAGGUGAUGAGGGACCUGCGUGAUGGAGUCAAGCUGAAGAAGGUGCAGGAGCGGCAGUACAACCCUCUGCCCAUCGAGUACCAGCUCACUCCCUAUGAGAUGCUCAUGGACGACAUCAGGUCCAAACGAUACAAACUGCGCAAAGUCAUGGUAAAUGGAGACGUCCCGCCCAAGUUAAAGAAGAGCGCUCAUGAAGUCAUCCUGGAGUUCAUCAGAUCGAGACCACCUCUCAACCCCGUGUCAGCUCGUAAGCUGAAGCCACAGACUCAGCCUCCUCCAACACUGCAUGAGCGGAUCCUGGAGGAAAUCAAAGCAGAGAGGAAACUUCGACCUGUGUCACCUGGUGAGGUCCGCAGGGGAAGGCUGGGUUUUGGCAAAACUCGCAGUAUGCCACAGGAUUUGUUCCGUUCUGGAUUAGAUGAGUUUAGUCCAUACAUGGGCAGGAGGGUGUCCAGCUCUCUGUCUCUGACCAAUGGAUCAGCAUCUCCCAGAGAAGAACCCUCCGGAUCUCAGUCUGCACCUCAGAGGAAGAGGCUCCUGAAGGCUCCCAGCCUCGCCGAGCUGGACAGCUCUGACUCUGAUGAUGAGAUCGUUGGCCGCAAAUCAGCCAGCAGCUCCAGCGUAGCUACAUCUGUGAUGGAUGAUACAUCCCCAGAGUCUGUGCUUGGGAAGAAAACCCCACCCAUGUUUCUGCCCAUCUCCUCCACACCCCAGCCGGAGAGGCGUCGGACCCCCCAGAGGAGACACUCCAUCGAGAAGGAAACCCCGACCAAUGUCCGACAGUUUCAGCCGCCCUCCAAACAGAGCUCCAAGUCUCUGGAGGAGUUUUGUUUCCCUGUGGAGUGUCUGUCUCUGACAGUGGAGGAGGUGAUGCACAUCAGACAGGUGCUGGUUAAGGCAGAGCUGGAGAAGUUCCAGCAGUACAAAGACAUCUACAACGCUAUGAAGAAGGGAAAGCUUUGCUUCUGUUGUCGAACUAAAAGGUUCUCCUUUUUCACCUGGUCGUACCUCUGCCAGUUUUGCAAAAAGCCUGUUUGUUCACAGUGCUGCAAAAAGAUGCGACUGCCGUCCAAACCUUAUUCCAGCUUGCCCAUCUAUUCCAUUGGCUCGACCAACACUCUCCCCAGGCAGAGGGUAAGUGCUAUGACUGCUGUAGGACAAGGACUCUCUGUGGCUGGAGACCCGAGACCGUCAACAGUGGGAGAGUCCACGGCGCCUCCAACUUUGAAAGGAGCAACAACAGGAGCAUCUAAAGGAGCUGGAAAAGCCCCAGGAGCAGCAGCCGCUGCUGCUAAAUCUGAGAAAUCCUCCAGCAGCCUGCAGCGUCACGGCAUUCAGAAGACCAUGUCCAAGCUUUCAAAGCAUGGCUCCUUAAAGUCCCAUGAAGAGCUGGAGCUACCCCCGGAGCUGACGGAAGACUGGGCCACCAUGGAGGUGUGUGUAGACUGCAAGAAGUUCAUCACUGACAUUAUCGCCUCCAGCAAGCACAGCCUGUCAUUGGCCACCAAAAGAGCUCGCCUAAAACGCAAGACCCAAUCCUUCUACCUGUCCUCCCCUAAAGGAAGGGAGGAGUACCGGCCCUCUGAACGAACAAUCAAAGAGAUCUAAAUAUCACUCUGGCUGCUUACGGCUCCAAUGGCACAAUUAUAAAGACUCAACACUGGAUGUGAUCCUACUGUACAUGUACACUUCAAUCUGAUAAAGCUGUCAGAAUGGCUGAUCUGAAGCUCAGUGGUGGACAGUGUGGUUUUUGUUGCUCUGUCCUGAUCAUUGUGUACAGCUCCUUCAGACAGCAGCAUACUAUAGAUCUGCCAACCUUUUUUUUACUUACCAUAUCAUGAAUGACCCUUUAAUAUCUGGCCACAGUGUUUGAGUAAAGAUACAAAAACUGUUGUGAUGACAAAUUGCUCAAAGUGGAAUGACUUUCCUCCCCUCUGAUGGCACAACAGCAUGGUCCAACCCAACUCACAUUAAGAUCAAUAAGCACAAGAAGGAUCCAUGUUUGUUUGACUUCCUCAGGCACAGGCACUGCAGAAGACACAGGGCCUGCAGAGAGAUCAUGUUGUAAACUGAGAGUGUCACAUUCAAGAAUAUAUGGAAUAUUGAACAGUACAUUUUGUAUGGUUUUUAAUUUAGUUGGGUUUUUUUUAAUGUGUGUACAGUAAAUGAUUGUUCGAUGAAAAGUCACGCUCUGUUUUUGAUUAGCAGUUUUAUUUUUGCUGAUGAUGAGACUUUCCCACACGUUCAACUUUACUAAACAUACAAGCAAUUCGUUUUUUGCAUCAUAUUUAGAAAUCAUCUGCAUCAUUAUGCAUAUUUAGUGCCAAAUAAUAACUUGUUGAUGAUCUACAUGCCACCCAAAGAAAAAAAUAUCCUCUGAUGUAUGUUUGAAGCAGUCUUGCAACAUAAUUAUUUAACAAACUUUAAAGCCCAUGAAAACAUGAUUUUAAAUCUCACUAUAACCUUCAUUAUGCAUUAAAUAAGCACAGAAGCAGUCCUGCUUCGUCAGGACUCUGUGGGCAUGAUUUGAUCCGAUUUGAUUGACAGUGAUGUGACAAUCAAGCAAUUUUAGUAUUGCAUUACCAUAAUGUAAGGGAACUUGUAAGAGACAGAUUAAAAAAACGUUGUUCAUAACUUCAGUUUAAGAGGCUGAAAUAUGGGUUCAAAAAACGCUCAAAAAAUGCUAGAGCCUACAUUUACCAUGAUGCAACACCUACGCAUCUUUUGUAAACCAUUCCUAACUGCUAAAUACCCACACCUUUCAACCUCCACGGCCCGAGUUGGUAACAAACCAUACAUUUGAUCAUCAAUCGAUAAAAUAUAAUCAAACGUAAAAUGAUAAUUUUCCUUCUGAGCCACAGAAGACGCUCGACGAGAGUUUUCAUUGUUGUCACAGGCUCAGUAAUACUCAUAAUGAGUAAACUGAUCUUCAUGUUCUGUGAAGUGCCCCUAUUAACAAACACCCCCACAAUUGCUAAUUGAAACAAAGCUAAAUACUAAUUUCUCCAGGGAAGUACAUGAUAUCUGCCUGUUUCCAACUGAGACUCGCCCUCAAACCAGUGAGAAGAGCACAUGUGAAACAGAAAAUACAGUAAGAAGCAGAUUAAAAACAUGAUUUUAAAGGGCCUUUAAAGCACAUUUCUUAACCAUACAUUUAUACCAUAUGUUCAUUUGCAACUACAUUUUAACUUAAACAGAUUCAGGCAUAGAAACAUCAUUACCUGCAGUAUCAUGUGUUGCAGGACCGCCUUUUAAUAAUAAUAAUAAUUUACAGGAAAUAUCUGCAUAUCUUUGCAUUUUUAAAUAUUCCUUUGCAUUGAUAAAUAUGUUGUAUGUAUUAUCCUCCUUUGCUUAUCUUUACAUUAAGUACCUGUGUAAAGAUUAGUCAUAAUAAAAACACCUCAUGUUAAUGUUUUUGUACAGAUGUAGUUGAUGAGUUCACUGUACAGGCAGCAAAAAAAUAGCAUACUGUCUUGCUGUUCAACACACACUGUAAGUCUUAAUAUAAUGCCUUUAUGAUUUCCCUCCAUCUUUCAGUCUCACUGGCGGGGAGAAAUACCUGACUUGUGGCCUGGAUGUCCAUUUGAUUCUUCAUCACAUUCCUUGUCUUCCUCCUUAACAUAUUUCUGCCUUAAAAAUUGCCUUUUAUGAUCACACACAUGUUGAACAGUCAUCUACUGUAACUGUACAUACCUUGUUUCUGAUGGUUUGUUUGUAGAUCUGCUCUGUUUUGCCUUGAUGGUAUCUUGACAGUGGGACUGCUGUAGAUCUGUGUCUCUGAGAGGGAAACUACCCAGUAUAGUGUGUUCAGGGGAGGAGUGGGAAGUCCACAGAAGAAACCUCACAGUGUGACAGCAUCAUGCAUGUACUAUGGUGUAGCUUGUACCUUCAGUCUGUAUUACCUUCAAGCUGUAACUCCUUGCAGAGAGUGCAACAAAUGAUGACUACAACAAUAAAGUGUAAUGCAAUACCUGA